GUACUUCAAACACUCGAAAUGGGAUCAGCGGAAGGAAACGAAUCCAGUCCAGAUGAUAAGAGGUCAAGUAGGCUUUCUCGGUUGAAAAGACUCAAGGCAAAAAAGGCAGAAAGUGAAAGAAACAAUAGAAAAGAUCUUUUUGAUGAUUACAAAAAACAAAAAUUACAAUCAAUCAAUAGGAAAAAAAUAGAAAAGUUGAAAGAGAAUGCCGAAGAAGAAGUGAAUAAACUUGACCAUAAAGAGCGUGGUGAGGAUUAUGAACGACAGAGGAAUUUGGAUUGGUCCAUAAAGGACUGGGAGGAAUGGGAAAAGAAAACAGGAAAGCAAAGACCCGGACAAGUUGGAUUUGACAAUUGGAGUCAACUUGCAGCCAGUUCUUAUGAAAAAGAGAUAAGUAAGCUUCAAGUGGACAAGGAUGACUAUAAUGAAAAGAAGCAGAUGCUCAUGAGAAAAUAUAACAUCACCGAACCAAGAGAUGUCAGGAACAUCAUUGACUUGAAGAGUGAAGUAAAGUCCUCAGACAUUGAUAAGUUGGUUCAAAACAUCAAUGAAACAAACGACAGAAGAAUGAAAAGACGCAGAGACCAUGAUAGUGAGCAUGACGUUUCCAGUUACAUCAACGAGAAGAACAAGCAGUUCAACAUGAAACUCAACAGACAAUACGAUAAGGAUUGAAGUCUAUACUUUUAAUUUUGUAAUAUAGUGUACUAUAUAUGUAUUUUCAUUACUG